AUGGCUCUGAAGACCGGAAUAGUUGGUUUACCGAACAUCGGAAAGUCCACUAUGUUCAACGCGCUCUGCGAGAACGCCAAGGCGCAGGCGGCCAACUUCCCGUUCUGCACCAUCGAGCCAAACGUGGGCAUCGUGGCGGUGCCAGACCCGCGGCUGCAGGAGCUGAGCAAGAUUUCAGGCAGCGAGAAGAUCAUCCCCACCAGCGUGGAGUUUGUGGACAUUGCGGGGCUGGUCAAGGGGGCCAGCAAGGGCGAGGGGCUGGGCAACCAGUUCCUGGCAAACAUCCGGGAGUGCGACUCGAUCGUGCAGGUGGUGCGCUGCUUUGAGGAUGGCGACGUGAUCCAUGUGGCGGGCAAGGUGGACCCUCUGGAUGACACAGACGUCAUCAACUUUGAGCUGGCGCUGGCGGACAUCACGCAGAUUGAGAAGCGGCUGGAGCGGCUGAAGAAGACCAAGGGCAAGAGCGGCGAGGAGGCCAAACGGAAUGAGGUGGAGGCGGGAGCCCUGCAGCGCAUCAUGGCGGCGCUGGAGCAGAACAAGCCCGCCCGCAGCGUGGCGCUGAGCGACGAGGAGGCGGAGCUGGUACGGGGCCUGUACCUGCUGACCGCCAAGCCCAUGGUGUAUGCCGCCAACGUGGCGGAGGAUGACCUGGCUGACCCCGGGGCCAACCGCCACGUGGCGGCGCUGCGCAGCAAGGCGGAGGAGGAGGGGCGCGGGGUGGUGGUGGUGUCGGCACAGGUGGAAGCCGAGCUGAAUGAGCUGGACAGCGAGGAAGCUGCCGAGUACCUGGCGGGGCUCGGGGUGGAGGAGGGCGGCCUCAAGAGCCUCAUCAGGUGCACGUACCAGCAGCUGGGCCUGCUCACCUACUUCACCACGGGGGAGAAGGAGACGCGGGCGUGGACCAUCCACGAGGGCUACACCGCGCCGCAGGCCGCGGGCGUCAUCCACACGGACUUUGAGAAGGGCUUCAUCCGCGCCGAGACGGUGGCCUACGACGACUUUGUGGCGGCGGGCGGCUUUGGGGCGGCCAAGGAGAAAGGGCUGCUGCGGCUGGAGGGCAAGGAGUAUGUGGUGAAGGAGGGGGACAUCCUCAUGUUCCGCUUCGCCACCUGA